AUGCUUCAGCAGUUUAUUAAUUCCUUGCAUGCCAGAGCCUCAAAGAGAAAAUCAAUAGUUUGCAAAGCCCCCCUAACGAAUCCUGCUAACUGGGUUCUAUCACAUAAUGCGUUAUUGAUUGUGAGACUCUGCUUAUUUCCCACUGCUGCAACGUGUGUGCGUUCUGCGGAAAAGAGGAUCCCAACAUCCCAAAAGAAAACUGUUUUUCAACGUCGCUGUGGCAACGGCUGGCACUGUGGGAUGGCUGCCUCCAGGGCCAGCUUUUACCAUUCGUGCCUAAAAGUGCCAGUGCACCCUGGCACCAAAAUGCCUUCGCCCGGCUACGAGCGACCUUCUCUGAUGUCUGACUCGCCCUCUCCUGCCAGAGGCCACUCCAGGUCGUCUAAAAUCAUGUCCAGAACGUCCUCCGCAAGCUGCCCCCGUUCUAGAGCAUCUUCCGCUCGGAUCACCAGACCGCCCAGUGCUGAUAAGUCCACUGAUUUAUUGGCAGGGCUCGCGCCCGUAUUAAAGUUUUAUGAAUCUAUUCCCGACUACAAUGAUCUCAAUCACUUGGACGACAAAGACUUCUACGCGCGGGUCAGAGAACUGCGCUUCUUGCAACGUAAUUAUAUCAGUUCGAUGAGGGAUCCAAACUCGAACAAAAGCGUGUCAGCAAAUUGGAAAGAUGGCCUGCAGGGAAGUAAAUGCCCAAUCAACACAAGCAGAGCGGCAACUCCGUACAGUGCUUCAAGUUCAUCUUUGCGCACAGGCAGCCCGUGGGCGAAAAUCGCUUGGGGCCAGAUGGCGAAUUGCAAAGCCACUGAUGAGGUUUUCAGUUCAACUAUUUCGUCACCACUCUCUUCCCCUCAGAGAACUAACAAAAAGCGCCCCCCAAAAGGAAGGCGAAGGGCCAAAAACCCCUCCAGUAGGCAGAGCAUCAGCAGGUGCGCCUGGCAAGACUCCUUUGAGCUCCUGUCGGAAUCCGAGGAUGAAAUAAUAAAACAAGCUGCAGAAAGAGCGCGCACAAAGAAUGUGGCUUGGCGCGAGCCUCAGUUCACGGUGCCAAAACCGUUUCGAAUGACCAAAAGGGAGGAGGAAGAGCACCUGUACCAGCAACUACGGCGCGACCUACUGCUGUCCCCAGCAAGCCCUCCAACCUCCAGGAGAACUCCGUCCCCUGUCAAAGGCUAUGAAGUGCCUCUUACCUCUCGAUUACCAAUGUACCACGCGAUUUUGCUUGAGCAGGAGAAGCGCCGCGAAAGACAAAAGCGGAAGAGUAAGGCCAGGUUAUUGGCCAAAGUGAAACCCUUCAGCUUUGACCUUUCGCCGAGAAGGAGCGUUAGUCCUCUGCGGAAGAACUGGAAGUCACUGCCUGAAUUGAGGGAGCUUGAGCACGAGCGUCCAUGCAGAAGUGUGUUUAAGGCGACGCCAAUGCCUUGGCAGAUAUAUGGCAUUGAGGCAGAAAUCAGGCGACAAGAGGAGGAAUACUUGAGACAACUGAGGAAGCAAGUCCGAGCAGAAGAACUGUUAGCGCAAUCUUGUCUUCCCAGCUCGAUGCAGAAGUACAACAGAUGCAGGUCCUUGAGCCCUGAGACGAGAUUAUCAAGAGCGAGUUCAGCUGUUGAAGAGCACAACCCCAGGAAGUACAGGUCUCCUUACGCCAGCACCUCGAACAGUCGCACUGCCAGCAGAGUGUCUUCGGCCCGACGAGCAUCUCCCAUCAGGAACAACCUGGCUGCUGUACUAAGGAUAGAGUCUUGCAGCAGGCGGCGUGCAGAGCGCGAGGCGGCCCUCCGCCUGGAAGAAGCUCGACAGCUGGAAGAAGUGAAGACCAGAGCAAAGGUGAUGCGUCGGCGGCCGGCGUGGAGGAGAAUGGCCAACGUCAGCGCCAGAAGGGAUUUGGCUCUGAGGACAGAGGUGCGCAGAGAGGAGGAGAGAAGCAGAAGGGACGAGCACGCUCGACACAUGGGCAGCAUGAUGAACCGGGUUCUUGAAAUUCCAACGCUCUUUGAAAGGCAACAGCAGGAGGGGCUGCGUUACAAAUUAUUGGAGGCAAAAGCUAAGGAAGGUCAGCGCCGGAAACAACAUGAACUGCGAAAGCAUAGAAUAAGCUUUUCCCCUGAGGAUGAGAAAAAAGAUGACGAACCAGAAUUUGAGGGCAAAGACGAAGAAAAUAGAAGGGAUUGCGAAGAAAUAGAAGAAGAGCUGGAACAUUAAAAAAUGUAAACUAGCCAAAUCGUAAUUUGUUGUCUGUUUUGUAUUUGUAAACUUAAAAACUACAAUAUUAUGCUGCAUGAUGUAAAUGGAGUUAAAUACAAAAAUGUCUUGUGAUGCUUUCAAUGAACCUCUCAAUUCAACACACAAUAAUAAAAUAAAAUCAAAUGAAUUAAAAACUAGCAAUUCAUUUUUAUCUCAAUAGGGAAGACUGUCUAAUUUCCGUUGUACUUUGUACACGACGGUCGUGAGCAAUUAUUAAUCGGCCUAUGAAUAAAUUAUUGGUGAGAUGAAUCACAACCCAAACCUCUCUAGCGCACUAAUCAACAGUAUUAUAAUGUAGUCCUUGCUGGUACUUGUUAAUCCCGAAUGUUAUCCAGGAUCCACUCAGCAAAUGAGGAGACCCUUGUGGCUAUGGCUGGCGGCGCAUUCAAACCACACUCGUCUGGGCCGUGCGACACGAUUCCCAACUGCAUGUAGACGGGUAUCUCAGUCAGAGCGCCGUAUCCGAGCGUCAGAAGCAUCAGCGGUCCACCGGUGUCACCUUGGCACGCGGUUGAGCUCUGGUAAGUUGAAUUCGCGCAGAUCUGUGUAUCUGCGAUUUUACUGUGCAGUGGUUUCACCUUGAAUAAUAAAAGUUAAUACACGUUAGUGUCUGCACAAAGAGCUCAAAAGUUCGAGGGGUUUGCAUGUCUAUAUACCUGCAAACUACCACAGUCUCUGUUUGUAACCAAGUUGAGCUCAGCCUCCAGCAAAAUGGGCGAAUGGGGUUUGCUCACUGCAAAAAUAAAUGUGACGAAUUGUGAUACAAAUCAAUUAUAUGGUUAAGCGCUAACCUGAGUGUGUGAGACCCCAUCCAAUAGUUCUCAGCUUUAUCCUUGAAUAGUUAUUCACAACAUCAACUUCUUGUUUCAAGGGGAUGCAAAUAGGGCGGAUAUAUG